AUGGAACUCACUGCAAUCACAUCGGUCCCCUCGACAUCCACGCAAACUUCGACCAGCUCAUUGAUAACAGCGCCCCCUUCACUGUUCAACCGGGCAGCUCUCGCAGAACCCCAGGCCGGGUUUGACUGCAAUUCACAGAUCGAUCAGUUCAAAUCUCAAGCUUCACAGCAGAAUUCUCAACAGCUAUCCCAAGCAACACAACAGUUUUCGCAACAGGUUUCGCAGAUAUCACAGAAAGCUUCGCAAUCUGUUAGUCAAGCUCUCGCUGCCCAAACCUCUGCUCAGAUCGCACAAUCUUCAGCACAGGCUGCACGAUCGUCGGCUCAAGCCGCUGCCGAUUUAGCCAAUUCUUCUUUAUCUUCAAUUAAAUAUCAGCAUCAUCAGCAGCGCUUCUGCAGUUGUAUCUUCGGCUCUUUAUCAGCCAGCUCUUCUGUUUCCGUGGCAAUUUCUUCAGCGGAUGCUUCUGCUAGUGCCGCCAGGGCUACUGCCACAUUUGCGAUUGCACAGGCUCAAGCUACAAUCUCAUUAACCAAUUCACAAGCUUCAGCAUCAGUACGAUCAUCACAAGUCCAAGCCAUCACAGCAACCCAGGCUGCAAUCGCAAUUGUGGGCUCCAUAAUCGGCUCCUCGCUUUAUCCAUCCUCUUGUAUUUCCUCCUAUCUAGAUAUAGAAAACGCAAACAGAACGAAAUAG